UGCGGCGGAGGGCGGCAGUGUCACCUGACCAGGACCUUGGCGCGGCAAUGGCGGCUCCCAUGCUACGCUGGUGCUGUCCUGGAAGGCGUUGGGCUUUCCCUCGGAUUGGCGACUGUUCUCGCCACGAGAAACGGUUUCCAGCUGGGUCCACGGCCAGCGGGAAAAGGGGACAGAGCUCAGUGGCUCAGCAGCCCCUCAUCACGGCCCAGAAGCCAAGGAAAUGUGAACAUAAAUGGGCUGCUGUGGUAGGUUUGGAAAUCCAUGCCCAGAUUUCCUCCAACUCCAAACUCUUCUCUGGAUCUCAAGUCCACUUUGCAGCACCUCCCAACUCUUUGGUAUCUUUUUUUGAUGCAUCUCUGCCUGGAACUUUGCCGGUCCUCAACAGACGAUGUGUGGAAGCGGCCGUGAUGACUGGCCUGGCCCUGGGCUGCCGUAUAAAUAGGAAGUCCUUGUUCGACAGGAAGCAUUACUUCUAUGCAGAUCUCCCGGCCGGCUACCAGAUCACCCAGCAAAGGCUGCCGAUCGCCGUGAACGGGAGCCUGGCGUACAGCAUCUGUGUGGGGAAGAAGCCGGCGCAGGUGGUCCCCAGGACAGUGAGGGUCAAGCAGAUCCAGCUGGAGCAGGACAGCGGCAAAAGCCUCCACGAUGACCUGCGGUCCCAGACGCUCAUUGACUUGAAUAGGGCAGGGGUUGGCCUGCUGGAGGUGGUCCUGGAGCCCGACAUGUCCUGUGGAGAAGAGGCAGCCACUGCCGUCAGGGAGCUGCAGCUGAUUCUUCAGGCCCUGGGGACCAGCCAGGCCAACAUGGCAGAGGGCCAGUUGAGAGUGGAUGCCAAUAUAUCUGUGCAUCACCCUGGGGAGCCUUUGGGCAUUCGAACUGAAGUGAAGAAUCUCAACAGUGCCAGGUUUUUGGCCAAAGCUAUAGACUAUGAAAUUCAGAGGCAAAUCAGUGAACUUGAGAAUGGAGGUGAAAUUCUGAAUGAAACUCGUUCGUUUGAUUACAAGCUGGGGUGCACCGUGCCGAUGAGAGAUAAAGAAGGAAAACAAGACUACAGGUUCAUGCCGGAGCCCAACCUUCCCCCACUGCUGCUCUACGACUCGGGGUCUCUGCCUGCCGGUGUCGACCCGCAGCAGGUGAUCAACAUCGACUGGCUCCGGGAGCGGCUCCCCGAGCUGCCCAGCGUGACCCGGGAGAAGCUUGUGCGACAGUAUGGGAUGCUGCCGGAGCACAGCGUCGCCUUGCUGAAUGAAGUUGGCCUUUUGGAAUUCUUCCAAAAUGUGAUGAAAGAAACUAGGGCAGAGCCAAAAAGAGUGACGAGCUGGGUUCUCAACACUUUUCUGGGUUUUUUGAAGCAACAGAACCUUGCAGUCAGUGAGAGUCCUGUCACCCCAGCUGCCCUGGCCGAGCUGCUCGACCUGCUGGACAGGAAAGCCAUCUCUUCGUCUGCAGCUAAAAAGGUGUUUGAGGAACUGUGGAGGAGCGAAGGCAAGACCCCAACGCAGAUCGUUGCGGAAAAGAAGCUUGAACUGAUGCAGGACCCGGAGGAGCUGGAGCAGCUCUGCCGUGCCACGCUGGAGGCGCAUCCUGGAGUGGUGAUGGAUCUGAAGAAGGGAAACCCCAGAGCAAUCAACAAGCUGAUUGGACUGGUCCGAAAAACGACUCUCGGCCGAGCAGAUCCAGCUGUGAUCAAGGAGGUGCUAGAGAGGCAGCUGUCAUCAUGACGGUCCCGGGUCCCCUCCUCGGCCAAGCCAGGGCCUGCAAGCUGACGUCCCAGCCCAGCCGGACAGCCCUGCCCAAGCUGCACCAUGACGUUCUGGCUCCACGAAGACCAGGCUUCGCCCUGUCGCUUCACUGGCGUCACACGGCUCCCUAAGAUGCAGAACAGCUUGUUCCAGUGCUGCGAUCAGGCAGAUGUACUGUUUCAAAUUCUGUCACAUCCUAAGGAAACGUUUCCUUCGGUAGGUCUCUCAACAAAUAUUUUGAAGCCCACCCUAAGGGCCGGGUGUUCUAGGUGCCGGAGUUUAGCAGUAACAAGAGAGACCGGGAUCUGGAUGCAGAAUCGGGUUUGGGGACCUCUCAGGACAUUCAUCUCCGUACCAGGAACUAGUUGUAGUUACCCAUCCACCAAGUAAAAGGAAUGUUGCCCAUUUGACUCCCCAGGGAGCCCAGGAGGCAGAGGGUAUGAGAAGUGAUUUGGGGGACGUUGCGGGGCGGGGGGGGGGGGGAAAGACAACAGACAUUUUCAAAUAAAUUUAAUGAAUAAAAUAUAUGCUGAAGUAUCACAUAAAAA